UUAUUUAGUCGCAGGCGCAGCGCCGCUCAGACACGUUCGCUCUCGUUCGCGCGCGUUAGUUCAAGAUCAACGAUUAACGGUGCGUCGCCGCCCCCGGAACCCUGUGAGUGGGAGCGAGACGGCAGACUACAAGAAAAGACGCGUGCUGAGGAAAAAGCAAUACAAUCGCGGCGGACAAACGAUCACAGACUUUUAUUUAGACAAUAUUUAUACCCCGCUCUAAUAAAAAUUGAUAUCAAUUGAAAAGUAUCUGGAAAAAAAUUAAAAAGUCCGUGAAGUGCAAGUGGAAGUGUUCAAUAAAUAAGUUAAUGACAUACGCUAAUAACGGGAUCGUAAUCGUGCCGAGGGUUCCACACUCAGUGCGAAGCAAAAGAUCGGUCGAGGAAGACGCCCUUUAUAUAGAACACCCAUCACCAACAUCAGUAGGCGGAUCCACCACGAUGACAUCACGGGUGCGUCAUUGGGCCGGACUGGCCAUCGUCGUUCUUGGGAUCUGCUCCAUAGCCAGUGGCAUAUACCUCUUCCGCAACUUUAUCGAAAUGUUUACACGCGCGCGCGGCAAGGAAAUGGCCUUGAGCCCAACAUCACGAUCAUUUGAGGGUUGGAAGGUCUCGCCACUGCCGCUUAACUUUGAUGUAUACCUCUUUAACUGGACGAAUCCACAGGACUUCUUUGUGGGAUCUGGCAAGAAGCCGCGAUUCGAGCAACUGGGACCCUAUCGGUUUCGAGAGCAACCCGACAAGGUGGACAUCGAAUGGCACAAUCAGAACGCUUCCGUCUCAUUCCAUAAAAAAUCCUGGUUCUACUUCGAUGCUGCCGGAAGCAACGGAAGUUUGUCAGAUAUUGUCACUCAAGUUAACUCCGUAGCACAUGCUGCGGCUAGACGUGGUGCUGACAGCUGGGUAGGCAGACUAGCUGUUAACUUUGCCAAUAGAGCUUAUGGUCAGGAUGUGUCCGUCACAAAAACCGUAGAUGAAAUGCUCUUCAAGGGCUACGAACACCAAUUCAUAAAAGUUGGCAAGCUGCUGAGACCCCAAGAUGUUCCCUACGCGCGCGUAGGAUUCCAGUACCCGCGAAACGGCAGUGCCAGCUUCGAUGGAGACAUUAACAUGUUUACAGGGUCCGACGAUAUUGCCAAAAUGGGUCAGAUUCAUACGUGGAAUAACCUGACGCACACUGGAGCUUUUGAGGGCAGCUGCGGUCAGGUUCGCGGUUCCAUGGGCGAGUUCUUUCCGCCCAACCUUAGCACCAACGACAGCGUAUACAUGUACAUGCCAAAGAUGUGCCGGGCUAUACCGCUGGAUUACACGGAAACAGUCAUGGUGCAUGGAGUGACUGCUUACAAGUUUAGUGGCACUCAGCACGCGGUGGACAACGGAACACUGUACCCGGAGACGAGUUGCUUCUGCGUCGGCGGCAAGUGUUUGCCCAUCGGGGUGAUCAACAUAGGACCCUGUGCCUUCAACGCGUCUGUCUACAUGUCGUUCCCGCACUUUUACAUGGCGGAUGCAAGCUAUCUGGAGGCCAUCGAAGGUCUGCAACCGGAACGCGAGAAGCACGAGUUUUUCAUGACGCUGGAACCCAAUGCGGGUGUGCCAAUGGACGUGGGCGGUGGCUUUCAGGCCAACUACUACAUGGAGCCCAUUCAGGGUAUUGAUCUCUACCAAAAUGUGCCAACGGUCAUGAUUCCCAUGAUGUGGUGCGAGGAACGAGUUCGGGUUUCGGAGGAAAUCGCAGCCGACAUCGCGCUGGUUUCGCUGAUUGUCCUGCUAGGACAGAUUGCAACUGGCAUCCUGCUGGCCGGCGGUCUCAUAUGCACCUGCUGGUACCCGACGCGGAAGGUCACGCACUUCUGUCAAAGCGAUCCCAAGGCCAAAGCUAGUGCGUUUAGUCCUCUCGCCGCCUUUGGUGUAAACUCAGCUGCACCUCCGGCUCCGGCUGCCCAGAUUUUCCGCAACAACACUAGUUCGUCGGGCAACGACCGCGUUGGAGUGCGGCUGCUGGAAUAUAAUCGCGAUUCCGGACUGAAGGCGGAGAGCGGUACCACGGAGAACUCGGCCAGGGAACGACUGAUCGCCGAGGACUCGCCCGAUGUCAUAAUUAGAUAAUACAUGCGUUGGCAUCAAGCUUUUCUGACGGUGCCCCCAACGAUCAUCUGCCUUAGACUCAUUUACGUCGCCGUAGCUUAGAAUAGCACAAAUGAUUAAGCCAUUCUGCCUUAACAAUGCCCACAGAGGCUGGACCUAGCUGCUCACCGAGGACAUUGCUCCCGAACACAUCACAUACCACAUUGCCACGCAUUAGGAGUUCCCUCAACACAUCUGCACGCUAAGCAGACAGCGAGAGAGAUACAUAAGAUUAUUUAUUUUAGUGCCAAAAAAGAAAACCCAAGCAAAAGUCAUUAACUAUUUUAGUAGGUUAAACUAAGCUGUAAAUAGAGUGAGUCGUUAAGGGCCCAUUAAUUCAUUUUCUUAUAUUGUUGAAGUUAUAACUGCUCAUGCCCAAAGUAUUUAUAUUUAUACGAAAAUGCAUACAUUUUGUAAAGCGAUAAGUUAAGUUUUAAUCCAAGUUGAGAUGAAGUGAUAGUGUAAACAUAUUGAACAGAACAUAAAGUGCGAAGAGUUUUUACUCUUUCGCAUUCAGAUUGGCCUGAGACUGGGCAGUUAUCGUUUUAAGUCUUGUACAAAUAGCACUAACACUGCAGAGAUUUCGCAUAUCCCAUGUAAAUAUGUCAAUCAGUGUGAGAAUUAGAAAGUAGAGAACAGCUGUGAAACCCGGAAAUAUUUCCAAAAAUUCCUUAAGAUAAAUUUAUAGAAGAGAAUAAAUAUAAAUACAUCAGAUCAAGA